ACCCCGGCGGAGCUUCGGAGCGAAAAACUUAACGGCUGAAGCAGCUGAGUGACCCCCCCCCCCCCCAAAAGAAGAAACCAACCUGCACCUCUGCGGCCUUUUGGAGACCCCCGGCUGCUUGCAAGCUGUGACUCCUUCCUUUUCUGGACCUUCUCUGCUCCUUUUAUGCUCCAGCUGACGACCUCCUCCUUCUCCCUCUGUGCCGCGGGUUGCCUGGAGGGUGAAGAUGCUCAGCCGUUUGUCAGGGCUGGCCACCACUGUCCUGCACGAGCUCUCGGGGGAUGGAGAAGAUGCUGGGACAGCACCGUCCCCCGCUGGACCGGAGUUUGAACCCAGCCAGCAGAAUGGGGAGGAGACCCCAGAGGACGUCCUGGAACGGCUGGCCCACAUGGAGAAGCUGGUGGCGCAACUGAAGACCCUGGUGCGGCAGAAGGACGCCCAGCUCCAUCAGAAGGAGGCCGCGCUUCAGGAGGAGCGGCAGGCGGCCGAUGCGAAGCUGCUGAAGCUGAAGCUGCAGGCUAAAGUGAAGGUGGCCAACCUGAACAAGCGCAUCGAGGAGCUGACGGCCCAGGGAGGGGCAGCCCCUGCAGAAGGGCCGCUGGAAGGGCCCCCGCCUCCUGUCCAGGGUGAGGGGUCGGCGGAUGAGACGGGCGCACUCCAGAGGCAGCUUCAGGAGCAGGAAGAAGCGAUGAGGGAGCUCCGAGGGCAGCUGGAGGAAGCGAUGGGAAGACUCGGUGAUGCCCAGGACCAGAUCAGCUCCCUUCAAAGGGAAGUGCUGGAGAAAGAGACACUCUGCGAACAGCAGGCUCUCCAGCAUCAGGCAGAAAUCCACCAGGUGGAGGCCCGGUCGGCCCACGAAGCAGAAAUGCAGCAGAAUCUGAGGCAGCUGCAGCGAAAGGUAGAGGAGCAGGAAGAGGCUUUGCUCGGCCGGACACAGGUGGUCGAAUUACUGCAGCAGGAACUGACUGUCACUCAGGAAGAAAAGCAGACUCUCCUGGAGAAGUUGCAGAAGGCAGAAGCAGAGCUGGACGCCUCCAGGAGCACCAUGGCCUCCGCUCAGAAGGAAUCCGAAGUCCUGGUCCAGAGGCUGGAGCGGGAGCUGGCCGAGCAGAGGGCGGCCUUCCAGCGGAGCCAGGAGGAGGUCCAGGAGCUGAGCCGAGAGCUGUCCCAGGCCAGAGCGGCCCAGGCCGAGCGGGAGCAGGAGAGGCAGGCCCAGGAGGCCAGGCACGCCCUGGAGGUGGCCGAGAAGAACCAGGAGAUGGUGGAGCUUCAGAAGGCCGAGCAGGACCUCCACGCCAGCUACGAGGCGGUCCAAGAGGAGAACGCCCAGCUGCGGCAGAGGGCGGAUGUGCCGCCGGAGAGCCCGCCUGACGACGCUUCUCUCCCACAAGGCGAGAGCCCUGAAGGACCCCCGGAGCUUCUCUCGUCUCACCCAGAACUGGAAACUGCUACAGCCCCGUCUCCUCCCCCGAGCCAGUCCAGCGCAGGCCAGACCCUGGAGGAUCCCCUGCCGGCCCAACCGGAUGGACAGCCCGAUCUCCUGGAAUCCUUUGCCGAGGAGAAGCAGCGGGAUCUGUCCGUCCUGCUCCUGGAACUACAGGAGGCCCAGGAAGAGAUUGCCUUCCUCAAGGGGCAGCUCCCCCUCUCCGGCAGCCCGGAGGCCGAAGCAGGACGUCCCCAGGGGAGCGAUGGCGAAAGAGAGGGAGAAGGGGCCGUGGCCAUCCAGAGCGACUCCAGCAGCAGCUCCUUGGUCACUGUAGACAUCCAGGACUCUCCUUCUGCUCUGGGGCUGCUCUUGGGACCGGAGGAGAAUGAAACCGCCCAGGGACCAUCUCCAGACUCCCUGCUGCAGUCGCAAAAGAUAGAAAAAUUGGAGCUGGAAGUCGCUGAACUGCAAAAAAGGCAGCGGGAAGCCGUGGAAACCCACCAGAGAAUCUUGGAGGAGAAAAGGGCUGAGAUUAUCCAUCUGGAAGAACAGCUGGAGGGCUCUGCCGGGGCCGCGCAGAGCCUGGACGCAGAACGGGACCAGCUCCUGUCGCGGCUGAAGGAACUCUGCUUCCUCGCAGAGCUGAAAGCUGAGCCAGAAGGCAGCCCUGCUCACCCGGAGCUGCAGCUUCCCAGCUAUGAAAGUGGAAUCUCCCACCUGGGCUUGUUGAAGGAGCAGAUCCAGAGCCUGAGGAACGAGGCCAAGUCGAAGGACGUGAAAAUUGUCGCUCUGCAGAACGACCUGGACGAAGCCCAGCGGCAACUCUCGGAGCAAGAGGCGGCCGGGAGGAACCUCCUCAGCCAGCUCCAGAAGGAGCAGUUGAACGGCCAAGCCCUUCUUGAACAGGCACGGGAGGCUUCCGCGAAGGCCGAGGAGCUGUCCCAGGUUUUGGCCUCGAAGGACCUGGAAGCCACCAAGCUGGCGGCGCUCCUCUCGGAAAACUCCCUGGAGGUGGAGAGGCUCCAGCUGGAGGUGUUGGAGCGGGAGCAGAGAAUGGCCGAAGUCAGCGUCAGCAUGUCCGACCGGAUGGUGCAGCUCAACGAGGAGAAGUUCGUGCUGGGGAAAGAGCUGCAGAGCGCCAUGGAGCAGCUGAGCGUCCUGCAGCAAGGGAAGGAGACCAGGGAGCAGGCGGUGGAGACGGAGGAGAGCCGGCCGCUGGCGGAGGAGGAGGAGCUGCCCGCCGAUGAAGCGGUGGAAGUCCUAAGGAAAGAGAACGAACUCGUGAGGAAGAAGCUACAGGCUGCUCUUCUCAGCAGGAAGCAGCUCCUCGGCAGGGUUCGCCAGCUGGAGCAAGGAGGAAGAGAAGGGGAAGAGCUUCCGGCCGAGAGCCGGGAGGGGGUGGCUCAGGAGAACGAAGGAGGUGGACCCCCUCCCCCUGCGAGCCGCAGCGGCCAAGGGCAUCCCGUAAGGCGGGGCAGGGCUGCCUCCCUGGACCAGCUGCCCUCGGCAAAGGAAGCCACGUCGCAGGUCGUCCCUGGGGAGGAGGAAUGCACGUGGCCACGGACUGUGAUUGCAGAGCUGCAGCAGAGCCUCCAGCAGAAGGACCUUCAGAUCGAUGCCCUGCAGGCUGAGCUCCGAGACUGCAAGUCGGCCCCGGCGGAUCAGAAUCGGGAGGGAUCCAGUUCAGGAGAUUCCGGGGCAGGCGGAGCAAGCAGCAAAGCCGACCUUGGCCCGGAAGGAGGACAUGAGGCCAUCCAGGAAGAGCUCUUGGCGCUGGCCCAGGAGAGGGAAGAGCUCCAGAAGAAGCUGCAGGAAGCUUUGGUCUCGCGGAAAGAGACCAUCAAGAAAGCCAAGGAGAAGGACCGUCAUCAUCGGGAGCUGCUAAAGCAGCAGAAGGAUGACUACAGGUUGCUGCAAGAGCAGUUUGAGCAGGAAAGCAGGGAGAAGGAGAACCUGCAGGAUCAGCUCCAGGCGCUGUCCAAGGCCCUGGAGGCCUUGCCUCCUCAGGAACCUGCUGGAGAUGCUUCUUCUGAAGGCCCGGCAUCAGGUCUUGUGCAGGAGUUUGGCCAGGAGGCUGCUGAAGAACGGCCUUCCUUGCCGACCAAAGACUCUGUUGUGGGCCAGCUGAAGGCCGACUUUGAGAAGCUCCAGGCUGAGAAGAGAGACGUGGAAGCCCACCUCCUGCUUCUGGAAGAAGAACUUGACGGGAAGUCCGAGAAGGCUCUGCUCCUCCAGGAACAGGUCGAGCAUCUUCUUGCCGAAGCGGAGAUGGCCAAAGCCGCCUGCCGUCAGGCGGAAGCCAGCAUGGAAAGCCUGAAGUUGGAGUUGCAGGUGAGCCGGGAAGAAAUGGCCAGGCAGGAGACGCUGAGAUGCCACCAAGAGGAGAAAGAGCUCAGCAGCGGAGAAGAAAUCCGAGGCCUUCGCUCCCAGCUGGCAGAUCAAAAUGAGUCCCUGUGUGGCCUCCAAGCCGAGUUGCAAGAGAAGGAGAACAGGAUCCAAGCUUUGCAGAGAGAGCUGGACCAAGGUCAGCAGCUGCAGGCCGAGCUGCAGGCAAAAUCGGCAGAGGCCCAAUCCAAGGCCCAGCUCCAGAGGAAGCUGCAGGCAGCCCUCAUCUCCAGGAAGGAAGCCCUGAAAGAGAGCAAAGGGCUGAAGGACGAGUUGUCCAGCGUCAAGGCCGCUCUGGAAAGCACCGCUCUCCAUCUUCACGAGGUAGAGCUUCGGGCAGCUGAGCUGGACAAGGAGAAAGGGGCCCUGUUGGAGAAACUGGCGACCCUCCAGGAGGAGCGGGACAAACUCAUCUCCGCGGUGGACAACGCCUUGGUAGAAAACCAGAACGUGACCGGUUCCUGUGAGAGUCUGAAGUUGGCCCUGGAAGGGGUGACUCAGGAGAAGACGAGGCUGGAGGAGGAAAUGGACUCGCUGAAGGAAAGGCAGGCCCAGGGGCUCUCCGAGUGGCGGAGGAAGCACGAGGAGCUGCAGAAGGAGUACGAGACGCUCCUGCAGUCGUACGAGAACGUCAGCGGUGAGGCCGAGCGGAUCCAGCGGGUGAUGGAGAGCGUCCGGCAGGAGAAGCAGGACCUCUUCCUCAGGCUCAAAGAGGUGGAAGCCGAGAAGAAGGAUGGGGAAGAUCGCCUGCAGGGAGCCGAGCAGGAGAUGGAAGGCAUGAGGGAGAAGAUGAGGAAGUUUGCCAAGUCCAAGCAGCAGAAGAUCUUGGAGCUGGAGGAAGAGAACGAGCAGCUGAGGUUGGAAAUCCAUCCCGGGGACGGUAGACACGGGGGGAACAAUUCCGCUCUUCAAGAAGAGCUCGAGGCCUCCAAGAGGAAUCGCCAGGCUCUUUCCGAUGAGGUGAAAGCACUGGUGGCCGAAAAGGACCUCUUGAAGCAGGAAAUCCAAGACUUGAGGCAGACGUUGCAAAACAAGGAAGAGGAGAGCGGCGCCCGAGAGGAGAUGGUGGCCAGAAGCAAGGGAGAGAGUUCCACCAGGAUGUCCUCUUCGGAGGAGGUGGCUGAGGAAGAAGGAGACCCAGACACGGGUUCUGAAGUUCUCGCCUCCGUCGCUCCGAGACUUGAGGACCAGAAGGAGGAGCUUAGCACAGCUGGCCCCUUGUGUGAGGAAAGCGUUGGCGAUAGUCAACAAGUGGCAGAUCUCCAGGAACAAAUGGCGGCACUAGAAGAUAAGAGGAAGGUAGCGGUAGAGGAGAUGAAUAAGGCCCAUGAGGAUUUGGAGGUCCUGAAGGAAGAGAAGAACCGCUUGGAAGGCUUACUGGCUGUGAAAGGCCAGGAACUGGACGAUCUCCAAGAAAAGGUCACCAAGAUGGAGGAAGCUUGUGGGCAAACCAAGGAGCAGCUGGCUGAGGCGUUGAGGUUGAAAGAAGCUUUGGAAGCCGAGAAGGAUGACCUGGAAGAGAGGCUGAUGAACCAGCUGGCCGAGUUGAACGGGAGCAUCGGGAACUACCAGCAGGACAUGGCCAACCUGGAGAGCAAGAACCAGCAGCUCCUCGGGGAGAUGGAAGGUCUUCAGGGGGCCCUGAGCCGCUUGGAGGACGAGAAGCGGCAUCUGUUGAGGGAGAAGCUCGUGGUGGAAGCUGAGAGGAAGGAGAAGGUGGAGAAAGUCAAGAGCGCCUGGAAGGAAGACAACGGCCGGACUCAGGCGAGAGAACUUCAGGAGUUGCUGAAAGAGAAGCAGCAGGAAGUCAGGCAGCUGCAGAAAGAUUGCAUCAAAAGCCAGGAGAAGAUCAGUGGCCUGGAGAGAACUGUCAAGGCCCUGGAGUUCGUCCAGACUGAGUCCAAAAGAGAGCUGGAGACCACCAGGAAGAGCGUGGCGGAGGCAGAGGAGAAGACCAAGAAGGUCCAAGCCGAGUUGGCUUCCUGCAGGGUCCUGUUGGACGACACUCAGAGCGAAGCUGCCCGAGUCGUGGCCGAGAGCCAGAAAGUGAAAGAGGAGCUUCAGGCCACCCAGGCUCAGGUCAGAGGUCAGCUGAGCCAGAAAGACAAGGAGCUCUCGAGACACCUGGAGCAAGAGAAGGCCAAGCACCUGAAGGAGGUCAGGAACAUGGAGGAGCGCUUGGAGGCCCUGCGGAGGAAGCAGGAGUCCGCGGAGGAGUCUGCGCGAGACCUCCAGGCGUCCCUGCGCCAAAAGGACCAGGAAGCCAAACAGCUCCAGGGCAACCUCGACCGCACCUUAGCCCAGCUGGCGGCCUUCACCCGAAGCAUGUCCUCCCUGCAGGACGACAGGGACCGGGUGAUAGAUGAGUCCAGGCAGUGGGAGAAGAAGUUCAGCGAGGCCAUCGAGAAGAAGGAGCAGGAGCUCUCUGCCCGAGAAGAGGCCUGCGCCACCUUGCAAGAGCAGGCCAAGAAGAUGGCGCUCCAGGUGGAAGAUCUCCAGGGCCUCGUGGCCAGCUUGGAACGCAGCCAGUUGGCCCAGGAGUCUCAUGCCCAGAAGGAGCUCCAGCACCAUCGAGAAGAAGUCGGGUCGCUCCAGGAGGAGAAGCGCAGGCUUGGACUUCAGCUGGAAGAGGUCCAGCGGUUCCUGAGCGACUCCCAGAGGCAGGUUCUCCAGCAAGAGGGAGAACUUGGGUCCCUGAGAAAGCAGCUGGCCGAUCUGCAGGCCUCCUUCGAAGACUGCGACCGAGCUCGUCUCGAGGGCUCGGAGACGGUGAAAAACCAAGAGGCCAGUCUUCAGGACUGCAGGUUGAGUCUUGAGCAGCUGGCGGCCGAUCUGCGGGCUUCCAAGGAGCUGACGGAGAGACUCCACAACGAGAUCAGCCACAAGGAGCAGAAGAUUGUCCGUCUUGUGGCCGCCAAGGAAGAGGCUGUAGCUGAAGCCUUGUUAGAAACCCAAGAGCAGCACAAGGAAGACCUGAAGGAGCUGGAGAACCAGGUGGCCAAGGCCGAAGUGGAGAAGGUGGCCUUGGAGGCAGAGAAUGCAAAAGCUCAGGAGAAAGUGAACGGCCUCACGGAGAAGUUGAAGAACAUCUCCGAAGAGAGCAAGCAGCACAAAGCUCACCUAGAUGCCUUCACCAAGUGCAUGUCUUCCCUGCAAGAUGACCGGGACAGAAUCCUGGAAGACUAUCGGCAGCUGGAACAACGUCACCUGGCCGCCAUUUUAGAGAAGGAUCAACUCAUCCAAGAAGCGGCCUCGGAAAACAACUCCUUGAAGGAGCAACUUCGGAGCCUCCACGGACAAAUGGACGACCUGCACGCGGAGAACGCCAAGUUGGAUGCCGAGCUGGUCCGCUAUCGCCAAGACCUGAACCAAGUCAUCUCCAUCAAGGACACUCAGCAGAAGCAGCUCCUGAAGACCCAGAUGGACCGGAUCCAGGCCCUGGAGAAGGAGAAGGCCGGGGUGGAAGGCCAGCUGCGGGAGUCCGAGCUUAGCUUGGCCAACCUAGAGCGAACCGCGGAGGCCCUGCAGCUGGAGAAGCAGGACCUGGGCCAGGAGGUCAAGGCUCUCAAGUCCUCCCUCUCCCAGUUGCAGGACGAGAUGCUGGUCCUGCGUGAAGGGGGUUCCGCGCCGGAGCUGCAGUUGCAGCUGCAAGAGAAAUCGGAUGAAGUCCAGAGUUUGGGUGGGCAGCUGUCGCGCGCCAAUCAGCAGGUGGCGGGCCUGGAAGAGGAGCUGGCCGGCCUUCACCAGAAGUUGCAGGAGGCGGAAGCGGAGAUGAAGAGAGAGCUCAAGAGCUUCCGCCACGACACCGGGCUCCUGCGGAACGAGACCGAGACCGCCGAGGAACGGGUGGCAGAGCUGGCCAAGGACCUCCUGCAGAUGGAGCAGAACCUCCUGGCGGUCACAGAGGAGAACCAGGACCUGAAGGCCCAGAUCCAGUCCUUCAAGAAGGCCAUGAGUUCUCUCCAAGACAGCUGGGACCAGUCCCACGAAGAACGGCGCACCCUGGAGAAGAAAUACGCAGCAGACCUGGAAGAGCAGAGGCAGCUGGUUCAGGGCCUCCGCCAGGAGGCGCUCCACGCUCAGGAGGCGCAAGCAGCCCUGGAGAAGCAGAAGGACGGCCUGGCCUCCGAGCUCUCCGCUCUCCGAGGCGCAGCGGAAGAGAAGGGCUUCUCGGAGAAGCUGGAGAAGCUCCAGCAGCAGCUCCAAUCCAAAAACUCGCAGCUCGCCGGCCUCUCGUCAGAGCUGGAGAGGGCCUCUAGCCAAGUGAAGGGCUUCUCCCAGGCCUUGGCCAGCCUGCAGGCCGAGCGAGACCGCCUGCUGAGCCAGCUGGACAAAACCCGCAAGACGGAGGAGGUGAAGCUCCAGUCGGCCGCCAGCGUCUCUUCCAGUCUGGCCGAAACAUCGAGCCUCAAGAAGGCCCUCUCCUCCCUUCAGAACGACCGAGACCGGUUGCUGGUGGAGCUGAAGAACCUGCAGCAGCAGUACCUCCAGGUGGGGGUGGACACGGCCGAGAUCGCCCGCCUGAAGGCCCAGCUCCAGCAGAGGAAGCAAGAGAUGGAGCAGCAGCAGGAGAUCUUCCAGGAGAAGCUGAAGCAGGAGAGGGCCUCCUGGGAGCUGGAGCUCCAGCAACUCAAGGAAGAAAAGGCCGUCUGGGAACAGGGCAGGCAGCAGAGAGACCCCAGCACCCAGGGGGCAGAGAAGCAGCCCCAGAGGGAGGGGUCUUCGGGGACGACCGGCUCCGGCAGAGACACAUCUGGCCAGAUGGCAUCCGUGGAGGACCUCCAGGUCCAGCUUGGGAGCAGCUUGAAGCACCUGCAUCAGAAGGAGCUACGUAUCCAGCAGCUGAACAGCAAGCUCUCGCAGGUCUUCGAAGAGAAGAACGCGCUCACCCUCCAACUCCGGGGGAGCAGCCGCAGCCUCCGCGAGAGCCAGCAGCAGCACAGCGAGGCUCUGUCCCGUGUCGCGGCUCUUGAAAAACAGCUGCGGGAAUGGCAGAGUCCGGCGAAGACCGUGGGACCCCUCCUGACUGAUGCUGCCCCGGGAGCCCCCCAGGAAAAAGACGAGACCAACGCACGGGAGCUGCAGGAACUCCAGGCGCAGCUCCUGGAGGCCAAGCACCAGCAAAGCCUCGCCAGGCAGGGAUUGAACCAGCUUCAGCAGCUGCUGCAGGAGGAGCAGGAGAGGCGCCUGGCCGCCGAGGAGGCUUGCUCCGCAGCCCAGGAGCAGAUCCGCAGGUUGGAAUCGGAGGAGUAUGCGCAGUCUCUGGAGACCAGCAUUGCCAUGCCUGCCAGUCCUGAACAUGCCCGGCUGCUGGGCUCUGCGGAGGGCUCCUUCAGCAAGGCUCGAGGGGCCAGGGGGCUCCAGCGUGCCCUGCGCUCCCUCUUCUGCCCCCGGAGGCUCUUCUCCCUGCUGGCCACCGCCUACCUCUUCGGGAUCCACGUGCUGCUUUUCCUCCACGCCGUGGGCCGCUUGUGAGAAGACGGGGGGCACCGGAACAUGGAACCGUGCCUGGGGGACCCUGCUGGCCUGGACGGAGGGUGGGUGGGCGGCUCACUCCUGUCCUGGCUGAGGCGGCCAGAAGUCGAGCUCAAUCCUGGCCAGUUAAAGGAGGCGACGGCCUUACUUAGCCAGUAGCGAUGCAAGGUUUGUGCGGCUCCUUCCAGGGAAGCGCCUGGGCUCUCCGGGCCUCGAAUGCCGGCCGAAUCGGGCUUGCAAUCCUCGUUGAUUUGGGGAGGGGGGAAAGGACGCCCACCUCCCAUCCUUUUGGUGGCACUAAUCAUAAUCCGCUACGGUGGAAGCCCCUGCAGGAGGAGGGGACCUGGAUUCUGGGACGGGGGACGGGGAGACUGGACUCCCCUCUAAAUCACCUUAAGCACCAAGUUCUCUCUUUCUGCACAUUUUGGGGGAAAUAUCGCCCCUAAGGCAAGCUUUCUGGAUCUGGGGACCAGCCCAGGGGAGAAGGGAGAGGGGAUGGAUCCGUGCAAGUGGCAGGCAAGGACACGCGUAUCAUACAUGUGCUUCCACUUGUUUGAGCGGCAGGCAAGGCUCUGCCCGUGGUUGCUCGCUGCUCGUACAGAGUGUUGUGUCCCCGUGGGGAUGCUGACACGCACGCAGACGCUCGCCCACCAGUUGAGCCCCGUUCCGAAGGGCUGAAGGUCCGGCUGCAGCCCCAAAGGAAGGGGGGUAACCCCUCUUCUCUCCUGGUUUGGAGGGUCAAGAAGGGAGGAAGCGUCCGAAGUCUCUGCAGCUGGACAGCCCCCGACCGUCCCAUCCGCAGACCUCCGGUGGUCACUUAAUGGAAGGGUUGUCCACAGAUCCCAGAGCAGGAAGCCACGUUGUGGGUUAUGGGCCAGGAGGUUCCCUUUCUGGCCACUGCUGGUCUGGCCUGGGAUCUGCCUCUCGGACAGGGGCAGAUGGGGGUCCCCUCCCCGUGGUCUGGGGGUGCCCUUUAUCCCCUCCGCCCGGCCUUCUGGUUCUCUACCACCCCCCCUUUGUUGUGCAAUAAAGAUGUUUAUUUUUCUGAG